UCGAGCGGUUUUUUCGAUGAACAGAAAACCCCUCCGAGCCGAGCAUCCGGCACCGCUCGGCUCGAAAAAUGGAGGAUUUGGGUGUGGGUCAUGGCACCUCACACUGCAAACCAUUGUCUAAAGUCCAUUUACCAUUUGGGGCGGGGGAUUCACCGGCGGGCGGUUGAUUCACCCGAACGUUGGUCCAUUCCGUGUGAUCCGUGUGCGCCCGAAAAAUAUUAUAUAUAUAUAUAAAGACCAUUGCCUAGCAGGUUGUGUCUCCCGAACAUAGAGGAAUCAUAGAGGAAUCUACAGAUCAAUCGAUCUGAUGGUUGUUAGUUGCGUUGACGCCAAACUGAGUCGAUCGACUCGCAGUUGAUCGGGGUCUUGGUGGUCGAAAUGUCAAUCGUGGCUGCUGCCUUCGUGGGUAUCCAAAGGAAUUGGGCUUGUUUGAAAACGGGGACGGAAGCCAACUACUGUGUUUUGAGUUACAUCGCUUGGACAUGUUUCCUUUUUGAGGUAUCAAAGGAUCAUUGGCAUAGGAAGCUUUUCUCAGACUUCCUCAUGGAUUCAGAUUCGUCCUUUUUCCUCACAGCUUCUCCUGAGUUCAUCUCCCCCUUUUGUUCAACCCGACAGGUCUCUCCUAACCGCCGCAGUUGUCACGACACCACACACCGUCUGGCGUUUGCCGGUAGCCGUUUGGCCCUGCGGGGAACCACCGGAGGGGCUUAGACCGUUCCUCGUCCAUGGCGCAGAACGGCGACGGAAAGCACCCGCCCCCGCCGGGCUUGGGGGGCGAUGCCGUUGUGGCUGAUGCUCAUCAUGACAUCGCUCGUGACAUUGGUCAGCAAGUGGAAGUAAUGAUCUUGGACGCGAAGCAUGCGUCUGAGACCAGGGUGGGGAAAGAGAUCCAAAAGAUCAAACAGAAGAUGGAGGCCAUGGCAGAAAAAAUCAAGAUGAUCAACGAUCGAGUAGCAGCUGUUGAGCCAGGUCGAAAUGCGCUGCUCAAGACGGACCUCCAGGCGAGCAUCGCCAAGCUUGAGGAGGUCUGGGAAGGCGAAGUCGGUACCCUCAAGCACGAGUUGUGGCAGACCAUCCAGGCACACAAUCACAAUGCGGACCUGCUGAAGCACCACAAAGAUGCCAUCGACCAAGUGCAGAACCGGAUGACGGAUGUCACCCCGAAUCCCGAGUUGGAGCAAGUCCAUUUGCAGCUCUUGCAGGUGGACAAGGUACUGCAGCGGGAGAUGGCAAAGGAAGUGCAGAUGGACCAGCUGAUGGCCCGUCUCGCAGUGGUGCAAUCACAACUGAUGAACAGUUGGGCGCUUGGCAGCAACCCCGGCGCCUUCAUGGGGGCACAGAUGACGCAAAUGAAUGCCCUCGCAGCGCAGAGCGCGGCUGCGCGCUUGGCGGCGGGAAAGAAGGCACAGAAGAAGGCACCAAAGGCCAAAAGUGCAAAGGCGAAUAGUGCUGCUUUGGCAGCGGCAUCCUUGAGAGCUGAGGCACCUGAGUUUGUCCCCAGCUGGGAGUAGAGUCGAUCGGCUCGCUGCACAGAGUUGAUUCAGCGCCCGAAGGCAGGGAAAGUGACUAGAUCUUCGUAUCUUAGGGAGAGGCCGCUCUUGUGAUGUUUUUGUUGCUAG